AUGCCACUAUCCACCCUCCUCCAGCUCCUCAAACUCCGCCCCAGUAAACCACCAUCGUCACCACGACCACUUCACACAGGCCUCAUCUAUCGCGCCCCUCUCCCCCAAAACUCUCCAUCUACCUUCCCGCCUGCUCCUUACCUCACUACUACAGCCUUUGCCCACGCACGCGUCUCGGGGCCUGCGCAUAGACAACGCAUCAUGCAGCGACGAGAAGAUGCUUGGCGCCAGUGCGUUGGACGUCUUGCACAGAGGCAGAGGCAGCGGCAGCGGCAGCGGGAGCAGGAACGUGUUGAUGGUGGGAAGGGGGAGGAAGACAGGGGGGUAGAUGGAAUAAGCUGGGAUGUCAGUGUUGAAGGGGUGGAUGGGUGGAAUGUUGAGUGGGAGGCGGAGACGGGCAUGUUUGUUAAGAGGAAAGGGAGGGGGGAGUUUAGGUGUGAGGGGGUGGUGUUUGAUGAAUGGAGGGGUGAGUUUGUGGAGGGAGAGGACAUAGGAAGGCUGGAGGAUGGGUUCGACUAUAGGGGAUGGAUGGAAGAAGAUGAGAAGAAGACAUUUUAG